UUUAAGUCUGAUAACCACAACUAUUUUAAAAAGAAUCAAAUUAACACUGCAUUAAUUAACAACUCUCUCAAGAGACUUCCCCACGUAUAUUUAUUCACUCAGCGGCUCAGCGCUUCUUCUGCUUCAUCGUCCUGCCAUUCGACCCUCUCUUCUCCCUCCGACCCGACCCGACCCGACCCGACUGCACGGCCAACCGGGUCGACCUGAAUUCCAAUGAAUCGACCCAGAUUCGUUAUCCAACCGGAAGAAGCCGAAUCCACGGCGAAGCAACUCGGCGUAUCCGUCGUCGAGGUCCUCCCGUCGCUGGUGAAACCGGCGAAGUCCCUGGCUAGGCCGCCGAUCUCCAAAUUCCACGUCGCCGCCGUCGGACUCGGUUCCUCCGGCAGGAUCUUCGUCGGCGUCAAUGUCGAGUUUCCUGGUCUCCCUCUCCACCACUCCAUCCACGCCGAGCAGUUCCUCGUCAACGUCGCCGUGUCAGCUGCCCCCUGCGGCCAUUGCCGCCAGUUCCUCCAGGAGGUUCCCGGAGCGUCGGAUAUCAAAAUCCUCAUCACCGAUCCAAGCACGUUCCCCACACGCGCCGGUGCCUGCAACGGCGACGAAUUCGAGCGGCUUUCGAGUCUUCUCCCCCACAGGUUCGGCCCCGAUGAUCUCCUCGAGAAGGGCGUGCCUCUCCUCCUUGAGCCGCACGAUAACCGCCUGACCGUUCCGGAUCUCGAUCGGGACGGCGAGAUUUGCAACGACGGAGCGGAUUCCGACCACAGAUCGAAGCUGAGGCGCGUGGCCCUAGCGGCGGCGAACAGGUCGUACGCGCCGUACAGUGGGUGUCCGUCGGGAGUGGCGGUGGUGGACUGCGACGGGAGGGUUUACAGGGGAUGGUACAUGGAAUCGGCGGCGUAUAACCCUAGCAUGGGUCCGGUGCAGGCGGCGAUGGUGGAUUACGUGGCAAACGGCGGCGGCGGAGGGUACGAGAGGAUCGUCGGAGCUGUGCUCGUCGAGAAGGCGGACGCGGUGGUCCGGCAGGAGCACACGGCGAGGCUUCUCCUGCAGACGAUCUGCCCCACGUGCGAUUUCAAGGUUUUGCAUUGCCAUGACGACGUGGGUACCAAAUUCUGAGAAUUUGGAAUGUUUUGUGUUCAUAAGCAUAUGAUUUCGCAUUCGAUGAAAUUGCAUUUCUUGAGUGAUGAUGAUGAGACAGCACCUCCUUUGAUGUGGAUAUAAUAACAUGAAUGUCAUUGUUUCACAUGUACUUUCUCUCCCUCUGUUUCGGCGUCAAUCGGUUUGGAAUUACUGCUGUCUCAACUGC